CCUCUCUGACUUCACACUCGAUUACGGCUGUUAAGAAAAGCAAACAUGGACGUGGACAAUGGGAUGUGUGCGUGUUGGCUGCUUCGGUAUGUCCUCUUCUUCCUGGUAUCGCUGCCGUUUCUUCAAAGUGAAGAUGUCACCAUGGUGAUAGGAGAGGUGGGCGGGUCUGUGACCAUCCCCUGUACCUCAGACCUCCAGGAGAAGUCUCUGGACUUCAUGUAUGUACAGAGACCUGGUUCCAAUGGAAACAGUUCCCGGUUCAUUAACGGCUACCAUACGAAGAAGCACAUAGAGCUUACGGAGUACACAAACCGUACGCGUGUAGACCACACACAGCGAACAAUGAAGCUGUGGAGUAUACGGCCAUCAGAUGAGGGGCUGUACGUGUGCCACAUCCAAUACCAAACCAAGAUUAUCCUGGAGAACAUACAGCUCAAAGUGACAGCCAACUACAGCAUCCCCAAUGUAACGGUGGCCUGUGACAAUGGCAGUUGCUUGGUGACGUGUUCCUCCGACAGUGGUUACCCUCGUAGGGACGUUGAGUGGAGCCCGAACCCUCCUCUGAACCAGAGCCACUGGAGAGCAGUGAACAGCAGUGGGAGGAGAGACCCGGUCACCACGCUGUUCUCAGUCUUCAGUUCCAUAUCCGUCAACUGCUCCUCCGGACCCCAGCUGAACCUCAGCUGUGCUGUAGGGGGCGCCCUCUCACAGGAACACACUGUCUGCAGGCCUCAGACAGGCUCUCCUGAUUACUAUGUGAUCUCUGCCGUUGUGGCUGGUGCUGUUGCUCUGCUGUGUUUCCUGCUGAUUGGGCUGUUUGUAUUCAAGGAAAGGAAGGCUCGGACAGCCAGAGUUAAUCAAGAUGGGGAGGAAGCAGCAAGGACAGCUGAAAGAGUACAGCUCACCUGUAUGAACACACAUUCUUAAUGGAUCUUGGAGUCUGUAAUGUUGUACAUUUGGAACCCAGAAUAUGGAAGGUUAUUUUAUUGAUAUGUUAUCUAUAAAUCUGAACUGUUCUGCCUUCUGAUGGGACAAGGGGAAGGGAUCACUGGGUGACCUACACAUUGCCUGGACUUGGCGCCAUUGGAAACCAUGUUAACUUUCCUCUCCACGCCGGAGGACAAGCUGGACUUAAGAGGUGUUUUCAUGGUGUUGAGGAAGACUGUGAGUUGUAUAAAUAUUUAACCAGUAUGUUCAAAUGACUGAGUUCCACAGAAGAACCAAUGGAGAACUAGAAAUGCAAUGACUUUACUCAAUGUGUGCACUAUUGUAAGGCAUGGAGUUAUCCAGGGCAAUGUUUUAAAUCCAACAUACGUUUGGAUUAGGACUAGUGACCUGCACUGCACUUAAACAGAGUAUACACUUAUUUAUUGUGCACUUAUCAGGGGUUGACUGUAUUCAACUGACUCAUGUGCAAUUGUGAACUGUGUAACUGUGAAGCUAUCGGUGUAUUAACCACAGCUUACCCAGUACAGCCAGAAGAGGGAUGGCCAUGCCUUCGGGCCAGGUUCCUCUCUAUGUUUUUUCCUUGGUUCCUGCCUUCUGGGGAGUUUUUCCUAGCCACUGUGUUUCUGCCUCUGUAUUGCUUGCUCUUUUUGCUGAUGCAAAAAGGGCUUUAUAAAGUAAAUGUGAGCUGAUGAAUGGGGGAAGUGAAUGCGUCCGUCAGGAGUGGAUCUUAUAUUCAGUUUUGUCAUUUAGCAGAUGCUCUUAUCCAGAGCAACUUACAGGAGCAAUUAGGGUUAAGUGCCUUGCUCAAG